AGUCGUCCAAUCUGAAAAGCAAAAAUGACGUUUGUGAUGCACCUGUGUUUUAUUUUAUUUAAUCAGUGUAUGGUUCUUUAAAAACGCAAUAAGUUAUUAAUGUUUUAUAAGAAAAGUGAGAAUGUUUACUUCAUGUAUAAGCCGUCAUCUAAAACUAGCCAUCGGCAAUAAAACGAACUCAUAAUUCACUUAAAGGGCUUCAAAUCAUGUUAUUGUGUGACUAUUUUCAAGGGUAGUUGAAGUUAAUUAAUAAGCAUGGAUGAGAAGAGAGUGGCGGAAUACUUCGUAAUCGCGGGGCUGCCAGAGACGCCGGAGUUACUGGACGAUUCUGACUCUGGACAUCUGAAGGGAUACAGUACAAAAGCUCCAAUAACAGAUAUCAGUGUCGUGUUCCCGAGUCUCGGCGAAACCGUUCCCAAUGGCUACGAACUGAUCGAGACAACGCCGAGUGGACUGCCCGCCGACCUCAACCAUGGCUCAAUACGAACGCCCGAGUGUUUUAUCUGCAUACGACGAGGGCGGGACAGAGCGCCGCUGGUUGAUAUCGGCGUCAUGUACGAAGGCAAAGAGCGUCUCAUGGCCGACGCUGAAAUGGUGCUCGAGUCCGUCGGCCAACGUCUAGCGAACGUCAACAACUCCACAGCGAAGACGUUCAUAACUUACCGACGGGCGCACGUCGGCGCGCCGUGCAACGCGCUGGUGGUGGUCGACGUGUGUGUGAUUAUAGCCAGCAAAGGAGAAUGCCCUCCGCACGCCUUCUGUAUGAUCGCCAAGAACCUAAACAAAGGACUGAUGGGCAGCGACGUUUUUCUCUGUUACAAGAAGUCAAUGAACCGUCCACCUUUAAUUGCUUACAAGCCAGAAGUACUAUUUAGGUAUCCAAUGACCGAGCGUCGCAGCCUCGCCUUCCCCACGUCCGUGCCAUUAUUCUGCCUGCCCAUGGGCGCCACUUUGGAGCUCUGGCCGACCAACGCCGCCACACCUAAGCCUGUCUUCUCCACCUUUGUUCUCACAGUCGCCGACGCCACUGACAAGGUAUACGGUUCAGCGGUGACGUUCUACGAGACCUACCCCCACAGUCAACUGACGGAGAGCCAAAUGGAGCUCCUAGGCUGGCGGAUCGGGAUCUCACACACCACACACUCCGUCCACGUCAGCAAGAGCAUCUGCCUGCUUUCCCGGUGGCCGUUCAGCGAUACGUUCGAGCGGUGGUUGCUGUAUAUACUUGAAAUGUCGUGGAGUAAACAGCCACUAACUAUACCCAUAGAGAGAUACAUAACACAUUUGUUAGAAGAAGUGCCGUUCCCCGAGCCCAGGAUAUUGCUGCAGUUGUCACCGACAAACGCGAGUGAUCGGGUGAUAGUGACGCGACGCGACGACCAACCUUUGGUGCGGAGCGGUGCGGGGUUCAGGCAGUUACUGCUCAACCUGGGCCCAGACAACUGCCAGCUACUGCUGGCUUUAGCCAUUACUGAGCAGAAGAUUCUCAUCCACUCACUCAGGCCGGACACCCUAACUGCAGUCUCAGAAGCCGUCUCAAGUCUACUGUUUCCGUUCAAAUGGCAGUGCCCUUACAUACCACUCUGUCCUUUAGGUUUAGCGGAAGUAUUACACGCGCCGUUGCCAUAUUUAAUCGGCGUUGACUCGAGAUUUUUCGAUCUCUACGAACCUCCGCCCGACGUGACAUGUGUCGAUUUAGAUACUAAUAAUAUCACAAUAUGCGAUUCACAACGCCACAUAUCAUUAAAACUGUUACCCAGACGACAAGCGAAAGCUUUACGGCAAACUUUAGAAGUAUUAUACAGCAAUAUACGACCGGGUAUGUUGGCAUCACCUGUCCACCACUCCGGAAACAGUAAAUACAACGGAGAACCCACAACGAGUUUAGACAGAGACUUCCAAAGAAGAAAGAAGGAGUACGCCCUAGAACUGGAGAUCCAAGAGGCGUUCCUCCGUUUCAUGGCGGUGACGCUGCAGGGUUACCGCGCGUACCUCAUACCCAUCACUAAGGCGCCCACUGUUGGGACCACGGACCCCCACGCCCUGUUCCAUAUGGACGCCUUCAUACGGUCUCGGGACAAGACGCAACAACGCUUCUUCACACUAAUGAUGCGAACGCAGAUGUUCACGCGUUUCAUCGAAGAACGUUCGUUCGUGUGCGACGUGGACCAAGGACUGCCGUUCUUCGACGAGUGUAUAGAACGCGUCGCGUGCGGCGAUAGCGGCUCGCUGCUGGGCACGGACACGAGCAACGCCUCCGAGCGGACUGUGUUCGUACUGCCGCCGAACCCGUUAGAGGAUGGUAACUAUUUACAAAUGUUCAUGCGUUUCAUCGAAGAACGUUCGUUCGUGUGCGACGUGGACCAAGGACUGCCGUUCUUCGACGAGUGUAUAGAACGCGUCGCGUGCGGCGAUAGCGGCUCGCUGCUGGGCACGGACACGAGCAACGCCUCCGAGCGGACUGUGUUCGUACUGCCGCCGAACCCGUUAGAGGAUGGUAACUAUUUACAAAUGUUCAUGCGUUUCAUCGAAGAACGUUCGUUCGUGUGCGACGUGGACCAAGGACUGCCGUUCUUCGACGAGUGUAUAGAACGCGUCGCGUGCGGCGAUAGCGGCUCGCUGCUGGGCACGGACACGAGCAACGCCUCCGAGCGGACUGUGUUCGUACUGCCGCCGAACCCGUUAGAGGAUGGUGAAACCUACACGUACUCCAAAUUCGAAUUGGACCCGGUGCUGCUAGCGAAAUGCGUGACGGGUCGGGGUCGGCACGGCGGCGGCGGCGGCGGCGGCGGGCUGCAGGCGCUGUCGGCGGCGGCGCGCUCGGCGCUCGCGUCGGCCGAGUCGCUCGGCGACGCCUCCCCCAUGGCGAGGCGGACCAAGCAGGAGAUCGCCGCGGCGCAGAGAUUGGCGCGCAAAGCCAGCCUGUCACCCGAAGCGUGGGCGAAGUGUCUCCUCGGCGCGUGCUACUCCCUGUAUUUCCUGUCGCUCCCGAGCCGAAUGAUGCUGCUCCGCGGCAAAGAACAGGCCACUCUGACUGCGGCUUAUGAACUACUGGAGAAGGCGACGAAGUUGCGAGUGCCUUGUGACGAGGUAUGCUACCGCGUCAUGAUGCAACUGUGCGGUAUCCACUCCUUACCGGUAUUAGCUGUGCGUCUCCUCUUCCUCAUGAAGCGCGCCGGCCUGCAACCCAACGCGCUCACGUACGGCUACUACAACCGCUGCGUGCUCGAGGCGCCGUGGCCGCACGACAUGCCCAGUGGUUCUCAACUGCUGUGGAACAAGCUUCGCAUAGCGGUGAUGGGCGCGGCUCUGUUCCGAAAAGCAGGUGCACAGCGGGCCAAUCGCGCUGCCGGCUCGGGACUCUCGGCUGGAAGUGUAGGCACGCUGCCGCGAGUGGUAUCCGCGGCGGGCAUGGAUGGUGACUUAAGCGGGCUCGCCUUGGCCGCGUGUGAACCCGCACACAGCCGGACUAGUCUUGACGAAGCGAGUGCGCGCGAAAUGGAAGCCGCGUCAUCAGCAUUCGAGGCACUAGUGCGGCGCGGCAACAUCGUGCAGCAACAACCCGCCAGGCCGCAUAAGCACGCGCUCUCCACCGCGGCCGGCAUUCUCAUAUCAGGCUUACCUUCAAAUCCAGACUUGUGUGAAGCGGCGCGACCGAGAAGUAAUUCAUUAGGAAAUGAUGACACAACGAAUAGCGUUACGAUAGCUGAAAAACGACAGACAAUACACGUGAGCCCGGACAGUCCGUCGGACCUUCGAAUAUUGACGCGGUCCGAGAGCUUCGCUGGGGACGCUCAAAUUGUACAGAACUUGCAGAGGCUUUCGUUUUCUAGCAGUACAUCGAAUGUAAAGUCUCGGUGUUCGCGGACACUGAGUUUCCCCGAGGAACCUGAAAAAGAGGAGACGGCGGCCGAGCCGUCUGAGGAACCCGAAGGGUCUCCACUAAAAUUAUCCCCCCGCACGCCGGUGCUGGCCGACGACCCGCUGGGCGCGCUGCGCGGCGCCGCGCCGGAGUCCCCGCCCCCGCCGCCGCCGCCGCCGCCGCGCGGCGUCCCCGCCCCGCCGCGGCACGAGUACUCCGUGAGCCCCAAGCUGUUCCACCGCCGCAGCAACUCCUUCCAGGACGACGCGCCCACUGACCAUGGGAAACUACACAGGAGCGAGACAGUCCCCGCCGGCACCGUGUCCUCCAGCCUCGCCAGCCUUGGGAACACGCUCAAGAUCAGCUUCGGCCGCUAUUCGCCCGGCCGGUUGUCUUUGCGCAAAGAGAACAUGAACAUCGGGAAGGCGAUUGUUGAAAACUACUUCAGUCCCACAAGCAUAGCGGGCAAGAAAUCCAACGAGCUCCUACAAAGCGGCCUCUCCAGCCUUAAGUCCGCCGCUACGAGUAUGGCGAAGAAGUUCGACGAGAUGAAAGAAGUCAUAUCCGCGAACUCGACGCCAGUGAAAGGGGCCAUUGGAAACGCUACUAGUGCGCUAACGAGUUUCAUGGAGGACGAUUCUACAGAUGGCUCGUCGGAGAUUAAUCCGGAUGAAUGGACAGGCGGUAUGCAUUUCAGGAGAGCGUCGAGCGACGCGGAACUAGCGUGCGCUAUGGAGCGCGGCUCUUUAGCCACCCUGCUGUCGCAUUUACCGGACAACCUGUAUCCACAACAAGCAGAAAACACAAACUCAUCGCCCACAGUAACAGCCCUCAUGUGCUCGUGCUCACAAUGCCACCAAUGCUACGCGUUGCUAUACGACGAGGACAUCAUGGCGGGCUGGGCGGCCGACGACUCCAACCUCAACACGCGCUGCACCGCCUGCGGCCGCCACACCGUGCCGCUGCUGUCCGUGCAGAUAAUGCGCGAGGGUCAGACGCAAACGGAAACUGUCAGCGUGCCUUAUUUAAAUCCAUUGGUGCUAAGGAAAGAAUUCGAAUCUAUAUUAGGUAGAGAAGGCGACUCGUGUCUUCUGGAGAAGGAGUUCGUGGAGUCGCACCCGAUCGUGUACUGGAACCUGGUGUGGUACCUGGAGCGUGCCAACAUCGAGAGCCAUCUACCGGACCUGCUGUGUGCCAACUACCCGGCCAUGUACCAGGGCGAUAUUCCUGACGAGAGCAGCGGGUGUCAAGUAGUAUGCAGCUGGGACUUGGUGCGGCUGCACGGCGAGGCGGGCACGGCGCUGUACCGCGCGUGGCGCCUGAAGCGCGCGCAGCAGCAGCGCUCGCGCGCGCUGCAGGCGUUGCUGCUCACCGACACCGCGCAGGCCAACGCAGUGGUGCUGGCGGUCCUGGACGGGUUGCUGAGCAACGACUUGGUCGACGCGCUGCGGCGGCUCGCAGCCUGGCGGGAGAACACAGCUGGCAACAAGCGAUACCAUUCAUUUUUCAGAGACAUACUGUUCCUCGCGAUGGCAGCGCUCGGCGAGAACAACAUCGACCUGAUCGCGUUCCAGCGCGAAUAUUCGCGCGCGAUCACCCAGCUCGGCGGCUCGCUGCGUCCACACGACUACCCGCCCACGCCUACCGCCGUCUGCUGCCGACAUUACUUCCGGCGCCUGCGGCUCGCGCAGGAGGACUGACCGAGGGCGCUGCGCGGCCGAGCCGAGCGAGGACUCUUAUAAACAUGAGUCUGCUCACAACAGUCUAAGAUUCAUUGAUUGUAUUAUACUGUCUGCAAAACAAACUGAUGACCGCGGUCCUAUAACAUCCCAUUCACACUGGCAUGGUCAUAGCAAGAAUGAAUGAGGCAGUAAUGUGACUAUAUAGAUGUGUAAAGUCAAAUUCGUUUUUAGAAUUUGACAGCUAAUAAUAUAGAUGGCGCUGUACGGGUCCAUGAGUAAGCCUGAUUGUCAAAAGUUGACGGUUAACAAUUCAGUUACCACAAAACCUAUGUAAACCUACGUAGGCGAGGGCCUUACAGCGCCAUCUUCGGCUGUCAUAUUCAAGGACACGAUUUGAUCAAAAUCAAUGAAUCUUUGCAUCAGUCAACGUUAAAAAUAUGCAUACACUCGCCUUAAAAUAAAUAUAAAAGUGUAAUCAUAUUCUUGGCCGUACGAAAGCUCCUCAUGUACGUUGACAUCGAAUAAAAGAGGUUGGUAAAAACACGACAUCCGUCCUUUUCUCGCUAUUUUAUUUGCUUAAGGAUGUUUUUGUGUGAAAGUGUGUCGUGUACUUUAAUAUUAAACUACUUUACAGAUGUAGUGCAUAAUUGUUUUUCAUCGUAUUUUCCUGGAAACGUUUAUUUGUCAUGCUACUUCAGUCAACCUCUGUACUUUUUGUACAGAGACUGACUGAAAUAGCAAGACACGUUCUUACGUUUCCGUGAAAAUACGAUGGAAAAUAAUUAUGCAUCUACAUGUGACGUGUCAAGAAGAAAAUGGCAAUGUGUUCCGAGUAUGGCGAAAGAAUAGACAAUAAGUUCUGCUUGUAUGCACCUAAAUGUAUGAGGCAUGACGAUGAUUGAUUGUAAAAUGUUCAGAAUAUUAGUUAAAGUUAAUACGGCGACAUUAUGCACAUAACAUAAAUAACCCGGCUAGAUAUACAGAGAGAUAGAUAUACCUACCUAUACGCUUCUAUGCAACGCAGUUAGAAACCAAGAGAAUUGCUGGCAUCUUGAAUAAAAUGAGUAUAAACACAAUUCCUAUAUCAUUAAUGAGAAUAUUCGAUUAAAAUACAUGUCAGCUAUCUUCACCUUGAGUUUUAAAAAUAAAUGUGGCUUAGUUACCGUGAGAGAGGUUUCAAACCAAUUUGAAAUUACUAAAUUAAUAUCCUUUCUAAGAGUCGGACGACGCUAAGUAUUCAUGGCAAUUGCUACGCCAAGUGCUCCAUACUUGGCGUAGCAAUUGCCAUGAAUACUUAGCGCUUAUAGGGAUAUGUAUUUGUAUAUGCAUUUUUACUGCCAAGUUUGUGCAAAGUUAACGUGGUCAGAUAUACCUUACUGUAGCUGGGUAAAAAAAUCAAAAUCACAUCACGACCGCAUGUCGUCUAAAAACGACCUUUCGGGUUGCAUAUCUGAUAGUGUUAGAAAUGUGGGUGCUACGGACAAGGUGAUUCGGAUAGCCAUACUGAAAUAAAAUUGUACAUAUUUCAAUUGUAUAUAUUGAUAAAUCUUCGCAUUUCGCAUCUUGAUCGCAGACGACUGUAUCACAGUCAAACUGAAGCGGAUCAGUCAAUAUUUAAUGAUAUCUGACAAAAUUACUUAAUGAUAGAAGUAUUGUUUCUGGAGAGGAACUCUCUUGAUUUUGUGUCCGCUUUUUAUAUAUGUAUUGUUCAAGUAGAUAUAUUGCUUCUGAGUGAUUUCACUAAACAGUUAAAUUCGUAAACGAAUGGUACGUAUUAUUCUAUGUAUUUUAGUCGCAUUAUUUGUCACAAACUAGAAAGUUUUGGAUGUUAUCUUUAACCUUGUGGGCACUGUCGUUUUGUAUGCAUUGUUUUAAAUCAUGCAUAGUGAAUUAGAACUAGAGAAUCUAUAGUAACAAUAUUAACUUUGUAGGUUAAGAGGGUUAUUAUAUUGGGUCCUUUUUCGCCUUAGUCGUAGUAUAGUAUGACCUGAUAGAACUUGGAAGUUCUUAAACUAUUUCUGCACGAUUUGUAUUUUUUUACAAAUAAUGCGACUGCCAAAAUUCCAAAGUAUUCAUGAAGGUGUCAAUAUAGCUAUAUUAAUCUUUAUUACUUUAAAGACACUGCUUUUGACAGUAAUGUAUAAUAAAAUGAAAUAUCUAUGUGUUAAACAAAUAUGUAAAUGCAUACCGUAGGCCUAUAAGAAUCCUUUGGCCUACUAUAAAUUCGAUAUCUGAUGUGAUGUAAGUGAUAAUGUUAUUAUUAACAACUCUUUUAACCAUUUGUACUGUACUCAAUACUCAACUAAUACAUGAAGAGUUAACCAUUUUCCAGGCCGCACCAAUCUACAAGGUUUUCCCGAAAAAUCCAAAUAUAUUCCAAUUAAUCCAGCUUUGAUGAUUCAUUUGAAGACAAGUAAAAUUUCCCGAAAGUGCAAUCUAAUUUGAAUCUUAAAUCGGAAUGCUAAAGUUGAAAUUCUAGUGGCGCGUAUGUGGUCGAUAAAUCGUACUAUGCCUGGAAAAGGGUUAAUACAUACACAAUAUUUUUACGGAUAUAAUCCAGUGUUUAAAGGUUUUUUUUGACAGAUUUUAUUCUUAAUUUAGGAACAUUUUAAUCAUAACAUGAGACUUGUUUUGAUGUUGUAGAUUUUAAAGGCAAUUUUAUGGCAAUAUUAUAGUUUGUAACAUAACAGUUAAGUAUGUUGCCAAGCGUGGAAAUGGAUGUAUAUUUUGGCAUUUGUGGAAAACUGUAUAUUCAAUGGUUUUAGCUUAUAUUUAUUUGCCUCGAGUGAUCAUUAUGAGCCAUAUUUUAUGUUCCAAUCAAUGUUGUACAAUCAUAUAGUCAUUCAGAUAUAUUUAUACAUUUAAAUAUGCUGUAAUAACAUUUAGUCUGAUCAAAGGUUUUGUUAUAAUUAAGAUCUUGUAGAAGUGUGUAAAAGACAUGCAAUUUAUAUCAAUACACUAUGUUAGUUGCAACAUAAAAGUAUUGGUGAAAAAGUAGUUAUUUUAUUUUGAUUGAGGAGUAUAAUGAAAACAUAUAAUUUUUAUAUAAAAAUAUAUAAAUAAGGCUUCAA